AUGGACCAGAGAAUCUACGUGCUUGGUCUUGGAAACCUGGGCCGAUUAUACGCACAUGCUUUAGCCAUACCGCCAAAAACACCACCUAUCACUCUACUCCUCCACCGCAGAAACUUACUCGAGGACUGGGACAAAGCGGAACGAACUAUAACGGUGUCGACCAAAAGGGUCUCAAAUUUCCUCUCUGACAUUCCUUCCACUUCUACUGGCUAUGACGUCGAGCUUAUUGAGAAAGAAGAUACCAGUGGGCAGCGAAUACAGAAUCUUAUUCUUGCUACCAAGGUGUCAAAUGUGGUCGAAGCUCUGAAACCAAUAGCCCACCGGCUAGACCAUAACUCAAUCAUUCUCUUCACUCAGAACGGUAUCCCCGACUUGUCAACGGUCUCCCAUCGCUUCUUCGACCAAGGAAAACAGUUUGGUGUUGACUGUCCAACUUACCUGCUCGCUAUUACUUCUCACGGAGUAUAUUCUACUGGACCCUUCUCCUCGAUCCUGGCCGGCCACGCGAACGUUUCCAUUGGUCUAGCUCCUUACGGCGCCAACAAGGCUAUAAGCCCGCAAGCACAGUAUCUUGUCGACAAGAUCACUUCUUCUCCUUUGCUAAAUGCGGAAGCCGUUUCUCAAAAGGAGCUCCAGAUCAGACAGAUGCAGAAAUUGGCGAUAAAUUCAACGAUCAAUCCCCUAACCGUGAUCUUCCGACGCAAAAAUGGAGACCUAUUCAAACACAAACCCAUUCUUGAGCUUAUGCGUGUACUCUUAUCGGAAAUACACGAAUUCACUCGCAGGGCUGCAUUAGAGAGACCCACGUCCGAUGUUCAUCUCAAGUUUGAUGCCGCCGAAGUAGAAGAGCACUUUUCAACCGCAGUUCUUGAGCAGAUCGUUCUAUCAAUAGCAGAGAAAACAGCUCAGAACACAAGCUCAAUGCUUCAAGAUGUCCUGGCCGGACGAGAAACGGAAAUCGAUUAUAUUAACGGUUGGUUUCUC